AUGAACUAUCGGAAUGGUUUGGAGAAAAAUGCUUAUUUGAUUUUUCAGUUUUCAAAAUUUAGAAUAUUGUUAUGUUUCCAAUAAUAUUAAUUUACUGAAUAAAAAAUAUAGGAAUUGAAAUAUUAACUGAUGAACAAUAUUUCAAUUUAAAGUAGAUAUUUAAUAUAGACUAAAGUAUAACUAGAGGAAUAAUAGAUUGUUUAGAAUACCACCAGUCCAAUUUGUAAAGGAAAAUGUGAUGAAAUAAUAUCAAUCAUAAGGCAUUAAUAUAUACAUGGAAAUCAAAUAAGAGGUAAUAUUUUAUUAUAACUAAGGAAUGAUUGGAAUGUUGAUUGAUUGUAAACCAUCACUAUACACUUAUGAAGAAAUACAAGAUGAUUAUAAGAUUAAAGAAUUAUAAAACUUAAUAAAACAAGAAAUGGAUACAAAUACAAUUAGCAUUAUAUAUUUAUGCUUGAUGAUUCAGGCUCUAUGA